AGCCUUUUCGGUCCAUGCCGGCAUGACCUGGCACCGAUAAGUUCUACCAUCCGUACCCUUUCUACGAAAGAAGCCUCCAAGAAAUUCGGCCGAUGAAGACGACGGCUAUGAUCUCCAAGAAACCUUUUGCCACAAAGACAACAGCUGACAAGCUGCGAGUGACUAGCUUCCUUGCUGGGGUUACCAUCCUGGUUUGUGUGGCUGACUACUUUCUCGCGGAGAUGGGAGGGGAGAAGGCAAUCCCGGCAGGUGGCCGUUCCUUUCUCAUUGAGACCGCAACCGUGCUAGUUUGUAUGUUGCUGCCAGCUGCUUUCAUGCACAUGUCCAAGGCAGCCUUCAAGCAGAAUGUGAAAGACAGUCCGAAGAAUCGGAAGCUGAUUCCUGGCGAGGGUCACCCGCCGAAGGCUUCGAAAUUGGACAAACAGGUGUCCUGCCAAUCUGACUCCACUGAAACCCCUGAUUCACCAGAGGGGAAGGAGGCUGGUGGCACUGCCAGGAGCAUGUCUCAAGCCGUCGCCGCCGCGGUCCGUGCGGGAGAACGGCAUCGGGCGGAACGUUUGUUGCAUGAAAUGAUGAAAGCCAAGCACCUUGGGGGUCUGGACACCAUGCCCUUCAACUCUGUCAUCCAUGCUUGUGCCAAGACUGGUGAUAUGCUUGGUGCUCGACGGUGGUUGCGUCACAUGCGUUCCGCUGGUGUUGAGCCCAACACCAUCAGCUACAACAUCCUGAUGGACGCAUCUGCCAAGGCAGACGAUGCUGAAGAUGCUGAGCAUUGGCUUUCAGAGAUGAUUAAAGAUGGAAUUCCCGCGAAUGAGGUUAGCUAUGCCACUGUCAUCCACGCGCGUGCCAAGCGCGGUGAGACUGAACGUGCUGAGCACUGGCUAGCGAAGAUGCUUGAAGCUGGGGUGGAACCCAACAUCGUCAGCUACAAUUCGCUGAUCUAUGCUUGUGGACGGAAAGGCGACGCGGCCUCGGCCGAGAAGUGGCUCCGCGAGGCGGAGGAACGGGGACUCUCGCCGAGGGUCACCACUUACACGGCGGUGGUGGACGCAUGCGCGAAGUCGGGCGAUGUGGAACGAGCUGAGCUGUGGAUGGAAAAGAUGAAGGAAGCCAAAGUAGAGCCCAACGUGGUGAGCUACUCCGCCAUGAUCGAUGCCUGCGCCAAAGCAGGGGAUGCGAUUCGCGCACAACGCUGGCAUCAGCGAAUGAGAAAUGCUGGAGUGCAGCCGAAUGCCCACAGCUUCAGUGCAGUGAUCAAUGCCUGCGCCAAAAGUGGAAACCUGACAGCAGCCUACGAGGAGUUUGAUCGAAUGGAGGAAGCAGGAGUGGUUGCUGAUGUCGUGGUCUACAGCGGCCUAUUGGAUGCAUGUGCAAAAGCUGGUGACCUGGAACACGCCAAGGAAGUCUUUGCGAGGAUGAAGGCAGCUGGUGUGCAGCCCAACGUCGUGGCGUAUGCAUCGCUGGCACGGCCCUUUGCUCAUCGGGGUGAGUGGCAAGAGGUGGAAAGCUUUGCCACCGAUAUGCAGCAAGCAGGUCUUGUGAUGAACGAGUACUUCCUCUAUGCUUUGCUCUUGGCCUAUGCCAGUGCCAAGCCCCGCCAGUCAGAACGGGCAGAGGCCGCCUUCCGCAAGGCCUAUGCCAAGGGCAUUGAGGCCAACAAACAUGUACUGACUGCUUUGGGCCGUGCAGUUGGGCGUGGUCGAGCAGCGCAGAUUGCUCGUGAUCUGGGCAUCAGCUGUGUGGAGUCGCGACGAUGAAAUCCAGCUGUGCCUUGGGCAAGGUCAGGCAAGCGGGCGCCACGCAGCCUUCCACAGUGCAAGUUUCCAUAUCCAAGCAGCUCGGCUACCAAGUCGCUCCACGAUGACGCCAGAAGCAGAAGACAUGCAAAAAGCCGUGUGAGUGGUGAGUCGUGAGUGGUGGGGCUGCACGGUGUGACUCUGAAGCUAUUGGAAGCGCGACAAGACACGAAGAGAUUGAGCUAAAGUUGCGCGGUCCUCCAAGAACCACCCAAUCAAGAUCUUAACCCAAAUCUGGGUGUCCUGGGUGUGUAUUGGAACAGGGAGACCUCCCCUGGAUCUCUCAGAAGAGGAAACAUAAACACCACAACAGCCAAGAUGUGUGGGGAUGGAACUUGCAAGCAGACGAUGUGUUUGAACUGUUCCUAUGUUUGCUGGGUGAUCUGCAGUGCUUGGCCCAAAUUGUACACACAAACAGCUUUAUCAUCACGCUUGGCUCACAAUCAAGCUGUGCUCAGUGUCUUGAAUGCACACAAACGAUUAAAGAUUCACAAAAGCUCAGGCGUAUUCUGACAUCCCAAGGUUCUUCUGUUGCUGCUUUGUGGCGCUCCAUUGGCAGUUGAGCCUUUCACCAUUUGCUUGUCCUUAUUCUGAGAGCGAGGAGUGCGUGCUGCUGCAGCACCACGGGAAGGAGGCUGCUGACCCGAUGCUACAAAAGCCUGACGAUGGAGCUGAAGCAGUGGAUGAAGAUGACGAGCCGGGCCGUGGUUGUCCCGUUUUGUCCUGCCGGCUCCGGCGCCGAUGUGGGUACUUUAACUGCCACCAUGUCUGCGGCUCUCCUUGUUGACGAGGAACAUUUUACGAGAGCUUAUGAUAUUGAAUACUAUGAUAUUUGAAUAGCUCGUGCCACCAACCAGUGGCUCAGCUGGAAGCCCAGAAGCGGCCUUGUGUCCAGCUGGGGUGAUGGAAUAUUGGCAAUGGGC